AUGUAUGUGAGAAGUAUUAGUAAAGAAAUAACGAAAAGGAUGUAUAAUUCUUUUGGACACAGAAUUAUGAUGAUGAGUUUAAAAAACAAAACAACAAAUGAAAUAUUAAAUCCAAGAAGAUAUAUAGUGUCAUAUACAAAAGUGCAUAUGACUCAUUAUCUGGAAGAUUAUUAUACUAACCCAGAAAUUGCUACAAAUAUGAUUUCUCCUAUGUCUGAGUAUAUCUGGUGGAGUUGGCUACUUCUUCAAGGUGUAAUUGUUUUUGGUACUUUAUUUCAUUCCAAUUAUUAUUUUACUGGAAAGGCCUUGCCAAAGGUUCAAGGAAAUUCCCAACUAUGUGAGGAUUCAUGGUGA